AUGGAUCACACAUUCUUUAGGUUGAUCGCCAUGUGCUGCUGGAUUGGCGGAAAUAUAAUCCACUUUUCGGCCAUGUGGGCACUGGGCUGGAAAGGGAUCUAUCAUGGCGAUCAUUUCUUCGGUCCUCUCGAAUACGUAGAGUCAUUUCCCUAUGGGCUCAUUGCAUCGCCGAUGUACAAUGGCAAGGCCAUCUCCUAUUUGGGAAGUGCCAUUUGGACGGCAAAACCGGCAGGACUGGUUCUGGCGGUCUGGACAUUCGUGGUUUUCAACGUUACUGGUAUGAUCGAGGAUAAGGUGACGAGCGAGAUGUAUGCGGAUAGGAAGCGUGCUGCUGAGGUGAAGGAAGAUUGA